GACCGGGGCCGCUGGAGCCCGGAGAUCCGGGGCGAGGUGGGAGACCGGACCGGGCCGGGCCGAGCCGCCCUAUCCUAGCGGGAGGUCAGGCACUGGGUUUCCCGUUGAUCCACCCGAACCGGGCCGGCUGGUACCGAACCGGACCAAGGCUCCCAAGCCGGGAGGGCAGAAGAGAAAAAUUGCAGUUAACAGCUGAAGCCUCCCGGUAACACCCCAGAACUGGGUCGAACCGGGCCAGCCCCAGCGACGGGGAUCCUGGAGACGUCCCUUCAGAGGAUCACACGGUUUUUCUGGGUCAGGCAUUUCUGUGGGACUCCCACAACGCAGCUGCCAUCUGGCCUGAUUUUGUGUGUGUGUGUGUGGAAUAGAUAGUUCAAACUGUACUGAAUAUUUAAAAGAGAGAUCAACAGCGAACGCCACAUUUAGAAGCUCCCUACUAAACUGAAUCCGCUGUAAAUUAAAAUCCACCCCCUAAAAAUGAAGCACCAAAAGAAAACUCACAGUGUCACAAUUAAAAAGAUUAGGCCCUCGCUUAACAAGAAUGACAGGAGGGUACAGAGUUUCCCCAGAAUGCACUACAAUUGAUAUAGUCAAGGCUUUGAAUAAUGUUAGGAAGUACGGCCACUUUUAUUUUAUUUUGGAGGGACUACUUUUUUUACAGAAGGUGGAAGAACACCCACCCAGGAAGCAGCCCUUAGUGAUGUGACCAGCACCAAGGGAGCCUUAGACUGUAGCAGCAGCAGGGUUUGGCGAGUGAUGUCCUUAAAAUGAACGGGUGCUUCGAAGGUGUUGGGCUGCGAUGCCUUUUUAAGGGCGUCAGCAUGGCUGCCCCCAAGCUUCCAAAAUACCUCCUAGCCUUUGACUUUGAUGAGACGAUCAUCAACGAGAACAGUGAUGACUCGGUCAUCAGGGCCGCUCCGGGCCAGGCACUUCCAGAGCACAUCCGCCAGACCUUCCGGGAAGGCUUCUAUAACGAGUACAUGCAGCGCGUCUUCGAGUACCUGGGAGACCAAGGGGUCAAGAUGCUGAACUACAAAACCAUCUAUGAGAACAUCCCACUGUCUCCUGGAAUGCCGGAGCUCUUCCAGUUCCUCUCCAAGAACCAAGACCAGUUUGAGAUCAUCCUCCUCUCGGACGCCAACAUGUUUGGCAUCGAGUGCACUUUGAGAGCCGCCGGCGUCUACUCCCUCUUCCGCAAAAUCUUUAGCAACCCCUCUGGGUUUGAUAAGAGGGGCUACCUCACCUUGGGGCCCUAUCACACUCACAAGUGCCCCCAGUGCCCCGCAAACAUGUGUAAGCGCAAAAUCCUCACUGAGUACCUGACGGAGCGGGCCCAGGAGGGGGCAGAAUUUGAGAACGUUUUCUACAUCGGGGACGGGGCCAAUGACUUCUGCCCUUCCGUGGCUUUGACUUCCACAGAUAUUGCCUUCCCGCGGAAGGGCUACCCCAUGCACCAGAUGACCCAGGAGAUGGAGAAAAAGCAACCCAGAGCCUUCCAGGCCACCGUAGUGCCCUGGGACUCAGCUGUAGAAGUUUGCUGCUAUCUGCAGGAGCUCCUCAAGAAGAAAUGCUGAGGACUGAUGGGUAGGAAGAGACUCCUGCUGCCCUUGAGGCAGCUUGGGGGCACUGCAGGAAAGUAGGAAGUUCAGGCGCGUCUCCAUACCCAGUGGCUGAUCUGACUCCAUUUCUAGCUUUGCAGAGUUGGACUCUGAACUUCUGGAUUUCUUCCCCCGCCCCCUACUUUUUUUCUUUUAAAAAGCACAUUCUCUGGGUCCCCUUUUCUCCCCCCUCCUCCCGAUCUUGAGACAAGGUCUUCUCUAUGCAGUUUGCACACCCGUUCAGGAGAGUGGGUGUUAGUCACAUAUGUUUAUUUUUAUCUUCACCUUGAAUUCUUUUUUCAAGUGAUUCUUUUAUUUUUUUAAAGAAACAAAAACAAACUAGUUCUCAUGAGGCUAUGGAGUGUCCGUACUCCCGUUAGCCCCAAGGCAGGUCUCCGAAUCUGUGACUUGAUCACAGCAGCUAGGGUCCACCUACAUCAUCACCCCCUGCAUGACUCCUCUUCCUCCACACCCCAUCAGGUGACUUGAAAUUGACCUCCUGACAGGGCUUGCCUCUGUCCAGGAGGUGGGUGGAAGCCUAAUCGGGGCAGCUUCUAUUCAUAGAGCCACUCUUCCCAUAAACCCUUGUUCCAGGAAGGCUGCUACAGCAAGAAGACAUGGGUGUGGUACCACAUUCAGGUGUGGGGUUAGGAGGACACUGUUGAUUUAGGUUUCCGUUACAAGUGGUUCACUGAAGCACAUUUCGAAGCAAGCAAGAGUGAGAUUUUCCACAGGUACCAAUGGGAGUUAGGUACAUCACUGUCCUUUGAAAAUCUCCCCUCCCGCAAGGCUCCAGUUCCCCAGCCCUGUCCCCUCUGAGCAGAUCACAGUGGGAAGGGGCCGUGGAAUAAUGAGAUGUAGGAGGCAGUGUGUGACAUGUAGCUACCAAAAUAUAACUAGUUUGCAUUUAAAACACUCCACUGAAUCUGAAUUUCUGAGGCUUGUUUGCAAAAGUGGAACAGUUAAACUGCAUUAAACCCCUGUGUGGACACUCAUUCUGAACUGAAGUGGCCUUAAUUUGGUGUAUUUUAAUUCAAAAGUGAAUUAAACUGAAGUGAAGUAAGGCCCCAUUAAUUCUGAAUCAGAGUGUCCACACAGGGGUUUUAUGCAGUCAGGGCCAGCUCCAGUGUUUUUGCCGCCCCAAGCGGUG